GUCCCGCGGAGCGGGGCCGCCAUCUCUGAAGCUGGCCUCUGGCUCCAGCGUCCUCAUCGUGAACCGGAACCUGCAGGCAGGGACGCCUCUGUCCAGGCUGCUGUUGAGAAGCUCCAGGAGGAAAACCGGCUGUUGAAGCAGAAGGUGACUCACGUGGAAGACCUCAAUGCCAAGUGGCAGCGCUAUGAUGCCAGCAGGGAUGAGUAUGUGCGGGAGCUGCGGGCCCAGCUGCGGGGGCUGCAGGCUCCCCAGCCCGAGGCGGAGCUGAUGAGGAAGGAGAUCGCCAGGCUCAACCGGCAGCUGGAGGAGAGAAUCAGCGAGUGUGCGGGGGCCGCGAGGGAGCUGGCGGCGGUGCGGGAGCGGGCGCAGAUGCUGGAGCAGCAGGUCCUCGCCUACAAGGACGACUUCACGUCGGAGAGGGCGGAUCGGGAGCGGGCGCAGAGCAGGAUCCAGGAGCUGGAGGACGAGGUGGCGGCCCUGCGCCAGGCACGCAGACAGGACCCCCAAGAGCCAGGCUCCUGCCGGAUCCGCACGGGGAGCAGAGCACCCAAGCCCGCAGAGACCAAUGCUUCGGAGUUGGUGGUGCCUGGUGGCCAGAGGCCUGUGUCUGCACCCCAGGGCCUGGCCCCCCCUGCAGAGGGCGGGUGCCCCGGAGCUGCCCGGAGAGGCCAGGGGGACCUGCAGUGUCCACACUGCCUGCAGUGCUUCAGCGACGAGCAGGGCGAGGAGCUCUUCAGACACGUGGCCGAGUGCUGCCUGUGAGCCAGGCGGGGGACAGGCCGGUGCUCUCGGCCUGCGACAGUGGGACCCCGAGAUGCGGGCGGAGGGUGCUCUGGCCUUCACCUUGGUCCCCCUCGGGCUGUGGAACAGAGGCUGGGCUUUGGGUCCUCAAGCUGUCAGGCCGGGGCCAGAGCAGGAGCUCACAGGCCAAGGUGAUGGUCCCGCCCCCACCUGCACCUGGGACGUUGCAUCUCGCGGGAAUAGGGGGCUGCCCGAGGGAACCACAUGUUGGGUCCCAGGGUGGAAGGGCACCCCAGGUUGGAGAGCCGAGCACUGCGGCCUCGGCAGGGCCAUGAAAUACACUGCGUUGCUUAGUGUCUGUCAUAUGUCCAGAGGUGAGAGCCAUGUGCUUUGUAGCCACUUAUUUUUAUAAUAAACGCGUUUGCUGCA